AUUCGUGCGAGUUUUCAACAAGUAGGUCGAAUCGAAUUCGACGGAAAGUAAAAAGAACUCAAAUAGAACUGAAAAGCAAAAUAACGUUUAUCUUGAUUACAAUUUUGUUUAAGUGCAAAAAAGUGAACUUAAUAAGUAUGUAUAUACUUAAAUGCAAACAUAUUUUGUUAUAUGUAUUGUUAUUAAAAACAAAUACAAAAUGGAAGGAGAACCUACAGAGUCCACACACAAUACCAAGGUAUCGGAUUCAGCGUAUUCCAACAGCUGCAGUAACAGUCAAUCACAGCGCAGUGGCAGCUCCAAGUCGCGCCUCAGUGGCAGCCACUCGUCGGGCAGCAGCGGCUAUGGCGGCAAACCGUCGACGCAGGCGAGCAGCAGUGACAUGAUCAUCAAGCGCAACAAGGACAAGUCGCGCAAGAAGAAGGCCAAAUGUGCGGCACUGGGAACGGUAAGUACAUCCGUGGAGGGUACCGAGGAGUCGGCACUGCUGCAUCCGAGCAGCAGUAGCUGCGAUCAGCUGCAAGAGUUGCAGGACACACAACAACUGGGCGAGCCACGGUCACCGACAAAAGAUGCCGUUCAGCAGUUCAAUGAUCAAUCGCUCGAAUCGGAGCAAUCGGAGGCGGCUAAUCAAUCGGAGCAGACGCAAUUGCCGACACCGUCAUGCUCCUCGGCUAUCACAGUGCCAACGGUCACUGUGGCAGUUGCCAGCAACUCUGCUGUCACUGCCAGCGGAGUUUGUGUCAAAUCGGAGAAGACAUGUGAAUCGGCGCCCGGGAAAUUGGAGAUGUUAACGUCUGGGGUGGGUGGAAAGCAACAGCAGCAGGAGAAGAUUAAGGAGGAUAGCUUCUGUUGUGUCAUCUCAAUGCACGAUGGCGUUGUGCUCUACACGACGCCCAGCAUUACGGAUGUGCUUGGAUUUCCGCGCGACAUGUGGCUGGGACGAUCGUUUAUUGAUUUCGUUCAUCUAAAAGAUCGGGCCACAUUCGCCAGUCAAAUUACGACCGGUAUACCCAUUGCCGAGUCAAGGGGUAGCAUGCCCAAGGAUGCCAGAAGCACAUUCUGUGUCAUGCUGCGACGUUAUCGUGGCAUUAGCUCUGGUGGAUUCGGUGUCAUCGGACGACCGGUCAACUAUGAACCCUUCCGCUUGGGAUUGACAUUCAAAGAGGCUCCGGAGGAUGCGCGUCCGGACAACUUUAUGGUGUCCAAUGCCACCAACAUGUUGCUGGUGAUCUCAGCAACGCCAAUCAAGAGCAGCUAUAAAGUUCCCGAUGAAAUGCUCUCGUCCAAGAGCCCCAAGUUCGCCAUCCGUCAUACGGCCGGUGGCAUUAUCACGCAUGUGGAUAGCGCUUCGGUGAGUGCGCUGGGUUAUUUGCCACAGGAUUUGAUAGGGCGUUCCAUUAUGGAUUUCUAUCAUCACGAAGAUCUAGCGAUGAUGAAGGAGACCUAUGAAAUGGUCAUGAAGAAAGGACAAACUGCUGGCGCGUCGUUUUGCAGCAAACCUUAUAGAUUUCUCAUCCACAAUGGAUGUUACAUUCUGCUUGAAACUGAAUGGACAAGCUUUGUGAAUCCCUGGUCGCGUAAGCUUGAAUUUGUUGUGGGACAUCAUCGUGUCUUUCAGGGUCCCAAGCAGUGCAAUGUGUUUGAGAUGGCGCCCAACGUGAAGCCCAAGGUGUCGGAGGAGGCACAGCAGCGUAAUGCACGGAUAAGGGAGGAUAUUGUUAAGCUGCUGGCGGAGACAGUGUCGCGUCCGUCGGAUACGGUGAAGCAGGAGGUGUCGCGACGCUGCCAGGCGCUCGCCAGCUUCAUGGAGACACUGAUGGAUGAGGUGACGCGAGCGGAUCUGAAGCUGGAGCUGCCGCAUGAGAAUGAGCUGACCGUAUCGGAGCGUGAUAGCGUAAUGCUUGGUGAGAUCUCACCGCAUCACGACUACUAUGACAGUAAGAGUUCCACUGAGACGCCACCCAGCUACAAUCAGCUAAACUAUAACGAGAACCUGCUGCGUUUUUUCAACAGCAAGCCUGUCACUGCACCCACUGAGCUCGAUCCACCCAAGCUUGAGUCCGCCUAUGUGAGAAAUGCUCGCGAGGAUGCGCGCAGUACACAAAGUCCCCUUGGUGGCGGCGGAUUCGAGGGUAGCGGCGGCAGUGGAUCAUCCGGAAAUUUUACCACCGGCAGUAAUAUCCGUAUGAGCAGUGUGACAAACACGAGCAAUGCCGGCACUGGCACCUCCGCCGGCGGCAACUCCGCAGCGGCCGGCAGCGGUGGUGCUGGCAGUAAUAAUGCUCCAGCUGUUACCGUCACCGUCACCCUAACCGAAUCCCUGCUGAACAAGCACAACGAUGAAAUGGAGAAGUGUAUGCUGAAGAAGCAUCGGGAGUCACGUGGACGCGGUACCGCUGACAAGAACAAGAAAACGGCCAAUGACAAGAUGCUGGAGUAUAGUGGUCCAGGACAUGGACCACUGCACGGCAUGAAGCGGGGCGGCUCCCAUUCGUGGGAGGGUGAGCCGAACAAGCCCAAGCAACAGCUCACGGGCGGCAAUGUGGGCGUAACCGAUGGCGGACAUACGCAAUCCAAAUGCCCAACGCCCAAUCAAACGACCAGCCAACCCAUGACCAUGUCCAGCAAUCAGUAUCAGGUGCCGAGCACACUCAAUUGCACCCAGAGCAUCAAUUUGUGGCCACCGUUCUCAGUGGGUGUCAGUACACCGACGGCACACGCACACACACACACACAAACCACCACCGCACAUGCAACGGUUGCUCCACGCAGCUUCUCACCACAGCACAGUCUCUUUCCCGCCUUCUACUACAUACCCGCUCCCAUGGCCAGUUCACCCAACUCCCAGUCCGUCGCCGUGGAAUCGGUGGCAACACCUCAACGUAGCCACAAGAACUGCCAGGAACAGCCGAGCACCUCACAACAGGCUGCCUCUGCCGCAGCGGCGGCAGCAGCAGCAGCAGCAGCGGCGGCAGCAGCUGCAAUACCAUUGCAAUACAUGGCCAGGGUCAUGUAUCCGCAUCCCUCGCUCUUCUACACCCAUCCCGCCGCGGCGGCGGCGGCCACGGCGAUGAUGUACCAACCGCUGCCCUUCUCGGGCGUGGGAAAUGUCCUGCAGAUACCGGAGAGACCGUCUGUCACCCAGUCCAACUACAACAAGACUGUCUACACGGCACAGCAGGUGUUGGUGGCGCCUCUAGCCACAACGACCAAGACACAAGGUGCCUUCCAUUGCAUAACACCCGCCCAGCUGCAACGCCCCUCCUCGCAGGCCACAUCGGUCAAAGCGGAGCCCGGCUCCAAUGUGGCGCCAUCGGAUACAUCGAAAAGGGAAGUACCGGACUCACCCACCGUCUCGUUAACAGGCGAAUGUGACUACACAACCCAUCAGCCAAGAAAUCCCAAUAACCCAAAGAAAUAUACGGAUAGCAAUGGCAACAGUGAUGACAUGGAUGGUUCUAGUUUUUCCUCAUUCUAUUCGUCAUUUAUUAAGACAACCGAUGGUUCAGAAAGUCCGCCGGACAACGACAAGGAGCCCAAACAUCGCAAACUCAAGUCAAUUGAACCAAAAAUUACUGAGGAGGAGCAAACGCAGCACGGAGAUGAAUAGCAGGCUGAGGUGGAGCUGCAACUGAAUGCAUUAUUUGGGACCAGCUGGCAGCAAGUAACCCCAUUGUCCAAGGCAUAAACGAGCUAAUCCAGGAGCACCAACAUCACACUCAAGGGAUUAGAUCAUUAAUCAAUUUUCCCAUUUCCAUUUCCAAGAAGAAGAACCAACUUGAGAGGAAGAUGUAGAUCGAUAUGUUCUUCGAAUUUCAUAUGCAACGUGCGCUUAAUUGUUUUCUUAUUUUCCUCAAACUUUCAACUUACCAACAAAAUAAAACGUUGCAAUUUAGGAUACAA